AUGGCUCUCGAGACCGCCCCCUCCUCUCCCGUCCCUAUUGACGAAUUGACCAAGAUUGCCACACAGGCCUGUGACUCCGCUCUUGGGCAAGCCGAAGGUUACGAGCAUACCCAGGUCGGAACCUGGAACUCUGAGAUCAUCAACUCUAUCCUCAAAGCUCUCAUCACCGCCACCACCCCCUCUACACCCUCGACCCCCCCGCCAUACCGCUUCACCGUGAACAGCACCAUCGUGCAACAAGGCCUGAUUGACAAGUCGUCUGCUGCAGACGGCUCGGCCGCCAACACCGGAAAGCGCGGCAUGCACUCCGCCUCUGGAGCCUUCUGGGACGUCAACCGCGACGGAAUGUGGACAUUCAAGUACCCUGGCGCGGAAGCGAGGGGCCUGGACGUGGUCGUCAGCGUCACAUGGUUCGCGCUGGGCUGA